CCUCGGUCCUCCACACUGCAGGCCAAAACUGAAAGGGUAAUGAUAGGUGCUUUGGAUCACAUCUCGUUACAAUGAAGUCCGUUUCAGGUAUAUCUCUGGCUGCAUUGACCGGAUUAGCCUCUGCGGUGCCCUACAAUCAUGCCUCUUCAGCUUCGGCUUCGGCCCCGGGAUCUGGCCCCACGGGAACCAGCUACGCCUCGGGCUUUGACAUGACCACCAGCUGGGCCAACCUCAGUCCAUACCACAGCGCGAAGACCUUCGGUGUUCCAAAGGGUGUUCCUGAAGGCUGUGAUCUCUCGCAAGUGCACGUCCUUCAUCGUCAUGCUGAGCGAUUCCCGACUAGUAGUCCUCUCGACGGCGUGGGGAUGCAGGGGUUCGCCUCGAAACUUGCUAAUUACACGAGAGAUCACCCGCAGACUAAAGUGGGAAGUGGUCCGUUGAAGUUCCUCAAUAGCUGGGGAUAUGUCAUCGGUCAAGAUACGUUGAUGGAGAGUGGUGCCGCCACAGAGGCUACCUCCGGUGCUAACUUCUGGAUUAAAUAUGGACGCCUGCUGUAUGGCGCUGAUAGCGACAAUGUUUCGGGGUGGAAUGAGUCGCUCAAUGUUUACCAGAAUGGGACUCAGAGGCCUAAGCCUGUAUUUCGGACUACGGAUCAGGCGAGGAUUUUGGAAAGUGCCAGGUGGUGGUUGAGUGGUUUCUUCGGCGAUCGAGCUGCCAAUAGCUCGGCAGAUCUAUAUGAUCUGGUCAUCAUCCCAGAAGAAGUGGAUUAUUUCAAUAACACCCUGGCAUCCUAUGUAUCUUGCCUAGGCGACAUGACGGCCGGAGACAAGACGGCCGAGAGGUUCAUCGCAAGAUAUACUAAGCAGGCUAGAUCCCGCCUCUCAGCCUUUGUCCCAUCCGACUUCAAUCUAACCGCCUCCGACAUUUUGGCUAUGCAGAACCUGUGUGUCUACGAACACACUAGCCUAGGCGGCUCAUCAUUCUGCUCCCUAUUCACAGAGCAAGAAUGGAAAGACUUUGCUUACAACGUUGACAUCCAAUAUUACGGCGACUAUGCGUUCGGCUCCGCGAGCGGUCGUGCCCAGGGGAUCGGAUAUGUUCUUGAACUUGCGGCGAGAUUGCAGGGUGAAUUGAUCACCACCAGUGAUACUAGUAUCAACUAUACCUUCGACAAUAACCUGGAGCAGUUCCCGCUUGGCCAGCCAUUCUACAUGGACAUGUCGCACGAUGAUAUCAUUCUCAGCGUUGUUACUGCUCUUGGUCUCGAUCAUUUCAGAUAUGGUCCCCAUGGAUUACCUGUCGAUAUCGACCAUGCCCCUGCCAAUCGCACUUUCUCGCUAAGUGAUAUGACACCCUUCGGAGCCAGGUUCAUAUCAGAAAUAUGGACCUGUCCUACGAAUGCUAAGUUCGACACGUUAGAGCCGGUGCUCUACAUCAAUCCAGAUAUUACAGAGGAGAAGACGGAGAGGUAUAUUCGCUUCUUGCUGAACGAUGCACCUUUGCCAUUGGGCGGACUCAUUGGAUGCGAAAAGAGUAAGAACGGAUUUUGUGCCGUCAGUGGGUUUUUGAAAGGUGUGCCAAAACUCAAGGAGAAUGCGAAGUACCAAGAGGCCUGCUUCGGCAAGUAUCCCACCGGAAAGCAGGUUUGGGACGGCGUUCCUAUAUACUGAUCAAUGAUCAAGUAUCUGAAUGAUUCUCCAUGUCCUACAAGGCACAGU